CGCACCGCCUGACUGUGCGAAGCGAAAAUUAAUACAGCGCGACUCCGUUAAUCGACGACAAAUACUCCACGACCCCGACACCGUCUACCUUACUUCCCACCACCCAGCACACUUCGCCGCCUCCCCAUCAUGGCUUCCGUCCCGAGUGUGCAAUGCUUCGGCAAGAAGAAGACGGCCACCGCUGUCGCCCACUGCAAGCAAGGCAAGGGCAUGAUCCGGGUCAACGGCCAGCCCCUCUCUCUGGUCCAGCCUGAGAUCCUCCGCUUCAAGGUCUACGAGCCCCUCCUGAUCGUUGGAGCCGACAAGUUCGCCGGUGUCGACAUCCGUGUCCGUGUCUCCGGUGGUGGUCACACCUCCCAGGUUUACGCCAUCCGUCAGGCCAUCGCCAAGUCCAUCGUCGCCUACUACCAGAAGUACGUCGAUGAGCACUCCAAGAACCAGCUGAAGCAGGCUCUUGUCCAGUACGACCGCACACUCCUCGUCGCCGACAACCGUCGUACGGAGCCCAAGAAGUUCGGUGGUCGUGGUGCCCGCGCUCGCUACCAGAAGUCCUACCGUUAAACGGCUUCAUUAUUACAUCAACAAUAUACACACAUACAAGCUUGCUCCGCCUCUGCCUGUUUUUCUGUUCUCAUUCCUUUUUGUUUCUCAUUCCGUUCCGUUUUCGAAAGAAAGGAAUUUAAACCAUGGAUUUGGGGGACAAAAACCUUACUUUCCCGGC